AUGAGCUCCCCGGGGUGGAGCGCGCAGCCCCGGCUACAACAGAGCUCAUUUUCGCCGACGCGGAGUAAUGGCAGCUACCAUCCGGAGUACGAGGAGUCGCGAUACGGCCCCUCCGGCCACGCGUACAACAAUUUCGAGUAUGCUUCCCCGCAACCCUUCUCCAGCGGCUACACAAAUUACGACCGGGACGUGGAGCGGAAUCGACGGCCAUUUCGCGGCGACUCCGAGGCGUCGGUGGCCCGGCGAAGCCCACCAAGGAGUCCACAAAGAGAAACGGCCAUCCUCGGCGACGACACGGGCGACGAGGAGGACGCCGAGGUUUCCGUGAUGCGGCAACGACGGCCCUCCGAGAUAAGAAAUGGGCUGGUCUGGGGGACACGCCAGAAUUGUGGAUUAGCUCCUUAUUUUCGCUGCGGCGACGCAGACCCGUUUUUUUUCUGGGGCUGGCUAUUGGCCAUGGUG